GAGGAUUCUCCAAACUGCUAAAAGGAGACUUAAAAUAAAAUGCUUCUAUCAGAGCAGAGGCUUAAGCAACAGCUAAAUUAAAUCUUUGCAUUAAUAGUAUUCAUAGAAAGGCAGAUGGGAGCAGAAAAUGUUGCAAUGAAGAAUAUGGAAUGAGAUGAGAUCACAGCAUCAGUCUGUCCUUUGUAGAUCUGGACAAUGAUCACAGAGCCAGAUUGGAUUAGUGAAACCUAUUUACCAGAAGUUCAGAGCAGUUGCAUGAAGCUGAAAGGCAGUCAGGAGGCAGAGGUGGAAAAUGCACCAGAUUUACAGCUGCAGCGACGAAAACCUGGAAGUUUUCACCACUGUGAUUUCAUCCAAAUCAUGUAGUCCUGCCCGAAGACGAGCCAAAAGUACACAGCACAUCCUGGCAAGAACUGUGAUAGUUGCAUCAGAUCAUCGACCCCAUAGGACAGAGAAGCUGCAGCCCCACCAGGGUGAUCUCCUCCAGGUGCUGUACAGUGAAGACAAAGUGCCAGGCCUGGGCCACCGGCAGCAGGGACCCUGCCCCACCAAGGGCACUGCACAGCACAUGGGAAUUGCAAAACAAGAGUCAUCCAAGUCCUGUAAUCACAUGUUGAAUGGAAAAUCUUGGCUCUCACCAUCACCAGUUGCCCAUAUCACCACGAAGGCAGUGGCUGUCACAGACCCCAGCACCACUCCUACAGAUGAGCAGCGCUGGAAGAAGACAGCAGAGUAUGACCUGGCCCUGCCACCUGGAGCAGAAGCAUCCCUACCACUGACAGGAGGCAACCUGUGUGGGACACCCAGCCUCCUGAGGAAGAUGUGGAUGAAGCACAAGAAGAAGUCAGAGUACCUGGGGGCAACAAACAGUGCCUUUGAGGCAGACUGAUAAGGCUCAGCAAUGCUUUUUCCAAGACAGAAGGUCCUUCAGCCCCGACAAGUGCUCUAGGAUUGAUGAAGGAACAGACACAGCACAGUUCAUCCAGGAAAACAGCCUCCUAUUUGUUACUUGAUGCCAAUGGUGGAAGAAAGGCUUACUAGGGUAAAAUGGUGAAUGUGAUGCAUCUCACCGGCCUUUUUUUGUUGUUGUUGUGAUACACUAAAAUCCCAAGAAUCCCACUAGAUUUAUGUCUUAACUCAAUGAUGCUGAAAUUACUGCUGUCUCAUUCAACAUUUUACAUGUCCUUCCUGAAUCAGCUCACACUCAUAACAGGAAAAGCCUAUCAAGAGGUUUUCAUACCCCUGCAA